AUGGUUAGGGUCAAAAAAAUGAGUUAUGGAAAAGGAUUAGAAGUAAAGAAAUCAGAUGUUAAGGAAAAAGAGCGUCGAACACACAUUGGACCAUGGAAAUUAGGGAAAACACUUGGGCGAGGUAGCACAGGCCGUGUUCGUCUUGCAAAACAUUCUAUUACGGGUCAGCUGGCAGCGGUUAAGAUUGUGCCUAAAACAAUAUGUGUUGAAAGAUCGAAGGCAGAGAAAGGAAGAGGAAAGUCUAAUGUUUUGCAUGGAAUUGAGAGAGAAAUUGUUAUUAUGAAGUUAAUUGAUCAUCCAAAUGUGAUGCGCUUGUAUGAUGUAUGGGAGAAUAGACAUGAACUUUAUCUUAUUCUUGAAUAUAUUGAGGGAGGAGAAUUGUUUGAUUAUCUUGUACAAAAAGGUAAACUUGAUGAAAGUGAAGCGGUAGGAUAUUUUUGUCAAAUUAUUGCGGGUGUUGAUUAUUGUCAUCGAUUUAAUAUUUGCCAUCGUGAUUUAAAACCUGAGAAUUUAUUGCUUGAUAAGCAUCGUAAUAUAAAAAUUGCGGAUUUUGGAAUGGCAGCCUUGCAGCCACUUGAUCGUAUGCUUGAAACAUCAUGUGGAUCGCCUCAUUAUGCGUCUCCGGAAAUUGUAGCUGGUAAAAUUUAUCAUGGAGCGCCAUCAGAUAUUUGGUCAUGUGGAAUUAUUCUUUUUGCACUACUUACAGGACAUCUUCCUUUUGAUGAUGAAAAUGUUCGUCAUUUGCUUCUUAAAGUUAAAGCAGGGCACUUUGUUAUGCCUUCUAGAAUAUCUCUAGAAGGAAAGGAUCUGAUUCGCAGGAUGCUUGAUGUUAAUCCUCAUACUCGAAUUAAAAUGGCUGAUAUUUUGAAUCAUCCGUUUUUAUUAAAAUAUCGACAUCUUGAUAAUUUUCAGGAUAUUCCUAAAUCACCAACGCUUGAUGAAUUGAGGUAUCCUGUUCGAAAAAGAAGUGAGAUUGAUGUUGAAAUUUUAAAAAAUUUGCAAAUUUUGUGGCGUGAUGUUAGUAAAGAAGUUAUUAUAAAUAAAUUAUUAAGUAAAGAACAAAAUCCUGAAAAGACUUUUUAUUAUCUUUUAUUAAAAUAUAGAGAAGAUCGUAUGUAUUAUUAUAAAAAUUAUUUGGACUCAGUAGAUUCUCGAAAAUCUUCUGUUUCUUAUAUUUCUAAGUUGCCAUUAUAUGAUCAAAAGUCAUUAUCGCUUUAUAAACACUUAAAGAGGUCUUCAUCUCAAUACUCUAAAUCUUCUGUUUCAAGUUCUAAAAAGAAUAUUCAUAAGGGAUCUAAUAUCGUUGUUAACAUGCCUCAUAAGCGGGGUGUUGAUUUUACUUAUGUGAAAAAAAAAAAGAACUCUGUUUGUUUUGAACAUAAAAAUGUUUCUAUUCAAAACGGUAGUGAUGCUAGUGAUCCUAGUUCGCUUUUCGAAGAGUUUGCUGCUGAGUGUGAGACUGCUUUUAAUCAGUCAGUGAUAUCGAAUAUUGAUUGGAAGAAUAGUCUCUCUCAUGUUCCUAAAAUACCAUCGCUUAAACAAGAUUUUCAGUUAUUUCAUAUACAUCCUUCUAGUGUAAUUUCGAAGGAAUUUGGGAAUGAUAAAAUGGCUCCUAAAAUUUAUGAAGAAAAUCCUGAAUCUACAGAUUUGAAGAAAAAUCAUAGGUCAAAUGAUUUAAAUUCAUCUGAAGAUAUAGGUCACUUUAAAUAUUUUAUUGUUAAAAAUCAGCCAAAAUUGAGAGUUUCAAGUCUUCCGGAAUUCAUAACAGGAAAAUAUAAAUUAUUUGAUGAAAGAAGAGCGGUCAGUGCUCCUACAGAUUCAAGUGAUGUAACACGAAAUAAAAAUAAGAAAUCGAUAUUUUUCUGGGAAAAACGUGGGUCCGGUAUUAGUUCUUUGCGUAUGGUUUAUCCAACAGCUAUAUUUAGAAGAAUUUCAAGAAGUAAAGGCCACAAAGAGAAUAAGAUUUCCAAUCAAAAGAUUGUUGAUUCCGAAAUUCAUCAGUCUUUUUUUGCGAAAGUCCUUAAUAUUAAGCCAUCUGUAAAAUUGUUAAAAACUAUAUUACCUUUUGAGCAUUUGUAUCAGGAAAUUGUUAAUACUUUAAGAAGAUGGGAAUAUCUUGGUAUUGGUAUUACAAACGUUCGGGAGGAUAUUCAAUCGUAUAUUGUUUAUGCUAAUAUUUCUAAUUGCAAUGCCAUGAAACUUAAGGCAAUAAAGUUUCAUGUUCAAGUAUUAAAAGAGGGGAAUGGCAGUGUUGUGCGAUUUUUUUUGGAAAAAGGAAUAAAUUCAUCAUUUCAACAAUUGGUAAAGGAAUUUGAGUUAAUAUUAGAAAACAAACAUGUUCUCGAUUUCUCUGACUGUGUUUUAAAAUAAAUAUUUGAAUAAUGAUUCUUAUUAUAUUAUUUAAGAA